GAUUAACAUCACACGGAAAUUAUAAUUACAUGGUUUAGUCUUAUAUUCCACGAAAGCGUGCUUAGCUUCAUAGCUCACGCUUAAUUUUGUAUCAUAGAUUAGCUUGACCAGCUUUGCUGGCUAUGAUUGUGUGAUUUAGUUAACACAUCACACGCAAAUUACGAACACAUGUUUAGUGUUAUUCUCCACGUAUGCGUGCUUAGUUUCAUAACUCACGCUUUACUAUCAUGGUUUAGCUUUGCUGGCCAUGUUUAUGAGUGUUAUUUUAUACACCACACAGAAUGUGUAGAUACAUGGUUCAUUUUAUAUGCCUACAUGCAAUUUAUGUUACGCAGAGCGUUUAUGGUUUAGUUUUACAUACCAUGAAGGUGUGAAUUUCACAAAUGUUGUUUACACGACAAUUCGCUUACUUUAAUUUAUUUUUUGACAUGUUAAUUAGCGUCAGAUUUAUUAUUUUAAAGUUUACGCCUUUGUUGUAAUCAUACGGCUAGUUUUCGGAUUCCGCAACACACAAUAUCAAGGUCAAAAAUAGUCUUGUGAAUUAACACUUAUGAAGGUGGAGUUUCUUUUAGUCUACCAAAUUUAGAGCUAUAGAUUCAUACAUAUGGUUCAAUACAUAAAGUUUCAAUUUAACUUUACGUUUUCUUACAAACAAGACUAUAAUGCAUUCCACGGAUUAUGCCCUCGAAAUAGUUUCAUCUCUUACAGUUAAUCAUGCAUUCAUUUCAGAUCAUGAAACGUACCAGUCGUCCUAAGAAGGGUACGCAUUCGGCGUGUACCUGUUGUUCCGGACAAAAACAAGCACACACGCGCAAAAGCAAUGAUGCCCCAACCUCAAUAAAAGGCAAAGGCCCAAAAAAACAAAAGACUCAAAACAUUCUGCCCCUGGAGGCCAAUCUAGAUGACGAUGUGAAUGACAACUUCAGCAGUGAUGAAGAAACAUCGGUUCGUUUGCCAGCUGCUCCAAGUACAGCAACAACGCUUGGUGUCCAAACAUCCUCAUCUGCGAGUCCUCACAUGCUAGCAGUUCCCCCGCAUCUACCAGUAGAUUCAGACUCUUCUUCAGACUCCGAUUCGGAUGAAGACGAUCACUAUCUGUUCCCACGCUUACAACAGGCCGUGUCUCAACACACAAAUUCCUUGGCAGUGCUGUCGGUCAACGCCGCAGCCAUGAUAUUGACUUUCAAUGAUUGUCACAUAAUAACGUACAGAACAUAGCUGAUGGUUUAAGGCCACAGUUGAAACAUUUGCUUUAGCUGAUGGUUUUAGGCCACAGUUUGAAAUUUUGACCUGGCUGAUGGUUUAAGGCCACAGUAACUGCUGUGUACUUUGUUUUGGCUGAUGGUUUAAGGCCACAGUCACGAAAUUUGUCUUAAAUGAUGUCAGUUUGAAGCCGCAAUUGUACAAACUAUAGUAUUAUAUCACAGUAAAGAAGUGCGGGUACCAGUGACAGUCAAUGUAAAUAUGAUUAUUUGUUAUAAAUGUGCUUGCAUAAUACGAACAAUUGGGAGCAGAAUGGUCCGCAGUUGUCGUUAUACAGCUGUAUAUUAUUUUUCUGUCAGUAUUUUUUGUAAUUCGUAUAUUUCGUCUCCAAAGUUGUUAACAAUAACCACUUAUGUAUCAUAUGUGGUCUUUGUCAUGGAUGGGCAUGUCCUUUAUCUAUAUUUAUGAUCAUUUACAUUGCCUUCUGUCUACUAGUAUUGACCAUUUAUUCUGUAUAGGUUGUACAUGUACUGGGCGGCGGUUCCCUUUUGUCGUUUUUUUGCCUCCCAGUUAUGUACAUUAGGGAAAACAUUUAUAAUAUGUUUGCUUUGAUUAUGUAUUACGUAAUCAUGUAUUUGUCAGUUUAUGGCAUUUAUAAUAAAUGCCCAGUUUUCAUUCAAACAUAGUUUUCUGUUUUCCCUUAUUCCCAUAAUCGAGUUCGACCUAGACUGUUAUCUCUCCUCCGACCUUGGGCAAUACAUAAAUAACAUUUUAUGCCAACAUCAUUUUUUUAU